AUGUCAAACGAACAAAAUAAAGAACAAUAUGAAUUUGAUGUAAAUACAAAUCAACUUAUGGAUAUCAUUAUCAAGUCGGUUUAUUCGUCUUCAGAGAUAUUUCUUAGGGAGUUAAUUAGUAACUCGAGUGAUGCAUGUGAUAAAUUUAGAUCAUUGUAUUUAGAGUUUCAAGAGCAAGGAGUAGUGACUGAUAAUCCGUCAGUUUUAGAGAUUCAGGUGAUUCCAGAUUUAGUAAAUAAAACAUUAACUAUUAAAGAUAAUGGUAUUGGUAUGAAAAAAUCAGAUCUUAUAAGUUUUAUUGGUACUAUUGCUAGUUCUGGUACUAGAAAAUUUAAAGAAGCUUUAGAAAAGAAAGAAGGUGGAAGUGGAGAUAUUAAUCACUUAAUUGGACAAUUUGGUCUUGGUUUUUAUUCUUCCUAUCUUGUUGCAGAGAAGGUAGAUAUUAUAACUAAACAUCCUCUCGAUGAAGCAUUUGUAUGGUCAUCGAAUGGAAGAGAAAGCUAUACUAUUCAAAAAUAUGAAGGUGAAGACUUUAAUCAUGGUACAUCUGUAAUUUUAUAUAUUAAAGAAGGAAAUGAAGAAUUUUUAGAAAGUAAAAAAAUUAUUUCUUUGAUAAAGAAACAUUCACAAUUUGUUCUUUAUCCGAUAUUUACAUACGAAGAAAAAGAAGUAGAAGUUAAAGAUGAAGAAAAGAAAGAAGUUAAAGAUGGAGAAGAAGGCAAUGUUGAAGAAAAGAAAGAAGAUACUGAAGAACCUGUGGUUGAAGAAGUAGAAGAAAAACCAGUUAAGAAAACAAAAGUUACUGAAAAAGUUAAAGUGAACACUGAUAAACCGCUUUGGGAGAAAAAUAUCAAAAAUGUACCAGAAGAAGAAAUUACAAGUUUCUAUAAAUCUAUUUCUGGAGACUGGGAUAAUUAUCUUGCUGUUGAAUCUUGGACUAUUGAAGGUUUUAUGACUCUUAAACUAUUGCUUUUUAUUCCUAAGAGAAGUAGAAUGGAUAUGUUUUCAGGUAAAAAUAAAAAGUCUAAUAAUAUAAAAUUAUAUGCAAAUAAUGUAUUUGUUACUGAUGAUUUUGGUGAUAAUAUUCCUGAGUGGAUGAACUUUGUUGUUGGUGUUGUAGCUAGUAAUGACAUUUCGAUGAAUGUGUCAAGAGAACUAAUCCAAGGACAUAAUGUUAUGAAAUUGGUGAAGAAAACACUUCCUCAGAAACUUAUGGAUAUGAUUACUAAACUAUCAAGAGAUGAAGAAAAAUAUUCUGCAUUUUAUAAGGAAUUUGGUAAUUGCUUGAAAUUGGCUGUUUCAGAAUGCACUGAUUCUCAACAGGAAAAACUUGUCAACUGUCUUAGAUAUGAAACUUCUAAGUCUGAAGGUAAAAUGAGAUCAUUUAGUGAAUAUGUUGACAAUAUGAAAGAAAAUCAAAACCAAAUUUACGUUUUGACAGGAUUAUCCAAAACUCAAGUAGAGCAGAAUCCAAUGUUAGAAGUAUUUAAAGAUUAUGAAGUAAUUUUUAUGUAUGAUUCUAUGGAUGAAGUUAUGCUUAGAGGACUUAAAAAAUAUAAAGAGAAAGCUGUUCAGAGAAUUACUUCAGAGGGGGUCGAAAUACCUGAAGAGGCUCAAGCGAAUAAAGAAGAGUUAGAAAAAGAGUUUGAACCAGUAAUAAAUAAAGUUAAGGAAAUAUUAGGAAGUAAUGUAGAAAAGGUCAUAUUGAAUUUUAGAUUGGGUUCAUUACCUUCUGUUAUUUCUACAACAAAAUAUUCUAACUCUGCUGCUAUGGAGUCAAUCAUGAAGUCUCAAAUUAUUGCUGAAUCUAAUCCACUUGCCGCUAUGGCUGCUACAUCAAAAAAGAUUUUUGAGUUGAAUCCAUUUAAUCCAAUUGUUGUAAGAAUGAAAGAUUUAGUUGCUGAUGAACAUAAAGAAGACUUUAAAGAAAUCACCAAUUUGCUAUUUAAUACUAUGCUUUUAAAUUGUGGAUUUGUUUUACCUGAUCCUCAGAGCUAUUGCAGUACAAUUUAUAAGUUUUUAUCUAAAAACAAUCAUUAA